GCGCUAUACAUUUCCAAUGUAUUUGAAGACUAUGACAAGUUUAGGACCGCUAUGAGUGUACUUUGCGCAAAUACACACAAUAUUAGUCAACACUCAACAUUGAAGAUUUAUUUACGUUAUUUCAAUAAUAAUAAUUAAAAACAAAAUAAUAAAAUGGAUCUAAGCAGACUCCCUAAUGACAAAAAACUGCAGCUUUGCAGAUGGUAUUUCAGAGUUGGCUGUAUGUUCUUGCCAUUUGUAUGGGCAGUCAAUGCAGUGUGGUUCUUCAAAGAGGCAUUUGUAAAACCACCUUAUGAUGAACAAAAACAAAUAAAAAAAUAUGUGGUUAUGAGCGUGGUAGGGGCUACCACAUGGAUUGUGGUGCUCACAGUUUGGGUGAUAAUAUUCCAACUGCAGCGGGUAGCUUGGGGGGAGGUGGGGGAUGCGCUCUCAUUCAUAGUGCCACUUGGCCGAGCUUAAUAAUUUUUUUUAGCCUGGUUAUUCUUGCAGUUGGCACUGUAGAUACAUUUUGGGGGUCACAACCCCCCACUAUCCCACAAUGGUUUUUCCACAAUUACAGUGUUUUCUCAAUGAAUUAACGGUUUAACUUAUUAUCUGGUGUUUUCUGUAGCACCAGAGUUCACCUGCUUAGUCUAACAAUGUGCUGUUAAAUGUUGUAUAGACUGUUAGACAAUUAUUCUGAUAUUUUUUUUUACUUUCCCAAUGAAUGAGAACAGGCUUGAUGCCUAUCAUUUCUGAAAUUAAUUUAUUCUAAUGAAAUAAUUUUAAGUAUCUAGUAAAUAUAUAUUUUUUUACAACUAUGAAAUAACUGUUAGUACCCUAAAUAACAAUAUGGCAAGUGAUAUCUAAAAAGUGUCCCUUAACUAUUGGUCUGAAUUGGGCCAUCUGCCUAUAUUCUUUUCUUGUUUCUGAAUUUCAUGACACCCUGGCUAUGCAUUGCUUUGCCAGACUAUGGCUUAAUUUACGUCGCGUAAUUCAAACUGUAAAUCCAUAUAAGCAUAUUUUGUUGAGUUAGUAUAAAAGGUUAAAAAAGAAAUCUAUAUCGGCGUAAAUUACGCCUAGUCCUUUGUAACGGGAAGUGAGUUUAUGCUGUUAUUUUGUCUCUUUCUAGUUUAAAAUUAAUGCUAUAGAAAUAGACAGGACACACAAUAGUAUUGUUUUCAAUGUUUCGAUAAUACAUAUAUUACACAAUAAGCAGAACUUUAAGCUUUUAUUUUGGCACUAGAAUUGAAGAUAGUAAUAGUAAUAUGUAAAAACUGUUGAUAACUCGUUACUAAAGUUAAGGAGAAUUGUAAGAAAUAUUUAUUUAUUGUAAAUAAAUGACAUUCCAAAAGC